AUAUCUGACCACUGAGGAGUGAAUACCUCUGAGAUGCUGGGAGCACUUCAGGGUUGUGGUAUCUUUCAUACCAGCUGAAGCUGAACGCUCGCCGGUGCAGAGCUGGGAUAUCAUCCAAGCACGUUUGGGGACGGAGUUUCAAAGCCCUGAGAUCGUAAAAACCAGGAAGCCACUGGCGUUGGAUCUUGUAUUUUGGAACAACAGAGAGCAUCCAAGGCUGUCCACGUACUCCUAAGGAAAUUGAAAGCCUUUAGGUCAAGAUGGACACCAACCUUAAGGACGGCGGUGUGAAGCAAAAUGCCUGCACAAAAGUCCAUGAACCUGUGGCUGGUAUAUUUCUGGAAAAGACAAAGACAAAGAUAACCAUAUAUGAAGCCAUGAAGAAGCGUAUGCUUAAGCCAGGAACAGCACUGGCUCUGCUUGAAGCACAAGCUGCCACAGUAGGUAUUGUAGAUCCAGUAAACAACCAAAAGCUUCCUGUAGAGGAUGCUGUUAAAAAGGGAAUAGUUGGAUCAGAGAUGAAAGACAAACUCCUUAAAGCAGAAAAAGCCAUCACUGGGUAUGUAGACCCCUACACCAACCAAAUGAUAUCUGUAUUCCAAGCUAUGCAAAAAGAUUUAGUUCCAAAAGAUUAUGGAUUGAGGCUGCUGGAAGCACAGAUAGCCACAAAAGGCCUGUUUGAUCCUGUCGAUAAGACAAAUAUUUCAGUUGACUCUGCAAUUCAGAAGGGCUACUAUGAAAAAGAUUUGCUGAAGGACCAAAUGUCAGAGCUCAGAGUGUUUUAUCAUCCAACUUUGCAACAAAAUCUUAACUACAGAGGCCUCCAAGAGCAAUGCAUCGUGGAGCCCGAUACAGGCCUGUUGCUUCUUCCUGUCUGCAUCACCUUCAAAGGUCUGCGCAAAGGCAUUUCCUCCACCGAGCUCCUUGAAUCAAAGAUCAUCGACAAAGAAACAUAUGAUAACCUGCAAAAGGGGAAGACCACAACACAGGACGUGAUGUUGAUUGAAACAGUGAAAGAAUACCUGGAAGGCAAAGGCAGCAUUGCAGGCAUUGCUAUACUCUCAACCAAUCAGAGAAUGAGCAUUUAUAAAGCCAUGAAGCAAGGCAUACUGAUGCCUGGGACAUCACUUGUUCUCUUGGAGGCACAAGCUGCUACUGGAUACAUGAUUGAUCCUGUAGAAAAUAAAAAGUACACUGUGGAUGAAGCUGUCAAAAGCAAACUUAUUGGCCCAGAAUAUCAUGCAAAGCUGCUCUCUGCUGAGCGGGCAGUGACCGGAUACAAAGACCCAUACACCAGUGAAACUAUAUCCCUGUUUCAAGCACUCUCAAAAGACCUCAUCGUCAAACAACAUGGAAUCCGCCUACUUGAAGCACAAAUUGCUACAGGUGGAAUAAUUGAUCCAAUCAACAGUCACAGACUUCCUACAGAAGUGGCCUUUAAGAGAGGUUAUUUUGAUGAACAAAUGAAUGCCAUAUUGGAGGAUUCAGGGGAUGACACAAAAGGCUUUUUUGAUCCAAACACAGAAGAAAAUCUAACCUAUCUUCAGUUGAUGGAAAGGUGUGUCACUGAUCCUGCUACUGGACUCUGCCUCCUUCCUUUGCGUGAUAAAUCAGAUGGGCUAAAUUUUGAUUUCAUUGACUACCAAACUAAAACAGCCUUCAAGAUGGAGAAAGUGAAAGUGACAUAUGGCAAAUAUACAGGAAUGACAGUAUCUCUGUGGGAACUUCUGAUGUCAGAAUACUUUGAUGAAAACCAGAGGCAAGACAUCUUUCGAAAAUACAGAGAGGGGAAGAUAACUAUCAAGAUGAUCAUUACAACAGUUCUGGAAGUGAUAGAAAAGUCAGUGAAAACAACUCAAGUCGUCUUUGAAGGUAUCAGAGACACUGUUACAGCCAAGCAGCUUGUGGAAGCAGAUAUCAUUAGUCAGGAGGUCCUAGAGGACCUGAAGAAGGGAAAGAAGUCAGUGAAGGAAGUCAUUGAAGAUGAAAAUGUAAAUGUGUACUUAAAAGGUAAAGACAGCAUCGCAGGUAUUAUGCUUCCUGAUUCUCAAAUCAUGACCAUCUACCAGGCCAAACAGAAAGGAAAGCUGAUGCCAGGAACUGCUCUGAUUCUACUGGAGGCACAGGCAGCAACAGGGUUCAUUAUUGACCCUAUUGGAAAUAGAAAGUUUUCAGUUGAUGAUGCUGUCAAAGCAAAGAUUGUGGGGCCUGAUGUGUGUCAAAAGCUGCGAUCGGCAGAGAAAGCAGUUACUGGAUACAAAGAUCCAUACACUGGAGAAAUAAUUUCUUUGUUCCAAGCAAUGCAAAAAGACCUGAUCCUAAAAGACCAUGGCAUUAGGCUCCUGGAGGCCCAAAUUGCCACUGGUGGGAUCAUCGACCCAGUGAACAGCCAUCGCAUACCUGUCCAUGUGGCUUAUAAGAAGGGGUACUUUAAUGAAGAAAUGAAUCAGAUCCUGGAUGAUCCAAGUGAUGACACCAAGGGAUUCUUUGACCCCAACACCCACGAGAACCUGACAUACUUGCAGCUCAUGGCCAGAUGUGUAACAGAUCCUAGUACCGGCCUGUGCCUCUUACCUCUCAAAGGCAAGAGCAACAAAAUAAAGGUAGAUGACAACAUUAGGGAAUUGUUUAAAACAACAAUAGUUACUGUAAAGUACGGUAGGUUCAAGGGCAAACGCACAACAUUGUGGGAUCUUAUCAACUCAGAAUAUCUGUCUGAAGACAAACGACAGGAGUUUUUCAAGCUCUUCAGGUCAAAGAAAAUCACAAUUCAGCAACUAACUGAGACCAUUGUAGAGAUCAUUGAGAGUAAGGAGAUACGACAGCAAGAAGGACUGAAGUUUGAAGGUCUCAGAGGAGAAGUCUCUGCUGUGGAUCUUUUGGAUCUUAAAAUUGUGGAUAAAAACACCUACAACAGUUUGAUCACUGGAAACAUGACCAGCAGUGAUGUGAUGAAAAUGGACAGUGUGAGAGCCUACCUACAAGGAAAAAGCUGUGUAGCUGGGUUGAUACUGCAACCUUCAAAUAAAAAACUAAGCAUUCACGAGGCACAGAGAAUUGGCAUUCUUGCACCUGGGACUGCCCUUUGCCUCCUUGAAGCACAAGCAGCUACAGGAUUUGUUGUUGAUCCUCUGAAUAACAAAAAACUUACAGUUGAACAAGCUCUCAAAGAAAAGUUGAUUAGUCCACAGAUGUAUGAAAAACUUUUGUCUGCGGAAAGAGCAGUCACUGGUUACAAAGAUCCAUACACAGGUCAGAAGAUCUCGCUCUUCCAAGCGUUGAAAAAAGAUCUUAUUGUCAACCAGCAUGGCAUUCGUUUACUUGAGGCCCAGAUUGCUACAGGUGGUAUCAUCGAUCCCUUAAAGUGUCUCCACUUACCCCUUGAAGUUGCAUACAAGAAGGGAUAUUUUGAUGAAGAACUUAAUCAAAUCCUAACAGACCCAACUGAUGACACAAAGGGCUUUUUUGACCCAAACACAAAAGAAAAUCUGACAUACAUGGAGAUGUUGGGGAGAUGUGUGAAAGAUAAGGAAACUGGACUGUUUCUCCUGCCACUGAAUGACACACCAAAAGCUACAGCUACAAAGAAAAAGAUGUAUUCUGACACAGAGAUUAAGGAAGAGUUUGAAAAGACAAGUGUCAGCAUAUCUGUAGGACACUAUUCUGGAAAAUCGGUUACUCUAUGGGACUUGAUUCAUUCUGGCUACUUUACUGAGGAUCAGCGACUUGAACUGAUUGAAAAGUACAGAACAAGGCAGAUUAGUACCCAGACCAUAAUCACAUUAGUGAUAACCACAAUAGAAAAACUGGAGAAGACUGAAACUCCCAAAAUGAUAAUGGGUCUGAGAAAGCAUGUCACUGCAAAACAACUACUGGAUUCUGAAAUCAUUGAUGCAGAAACAUUUAAACAGGUGAAAGAAGGAAAACUCAAUUUAGAAACAAUAGCGCAGAGUGAACCUGUGAGAGGAUACCUAAAAGGAUCUGGAAGCAUUGCUGGAGUGAAGGUUUAUCCAUCCCAGAAAGUGAUGAGCAUAUAUGAAGCAAGAAAUGAAGACCUGUUGACACCUGGCAUUGCACUUCUACUACUUGAAGCUCAAGCUGCAACAGGAUGGAUCAUUGAUCCCCUCAAAAAUGAGUUCCAUGCUGUGGAAGAGGCUGUAAAAGGAAGACUGAUUGGGCCAGAUGUACGUGAGCAACUUCUCUCAGCUGAACGAGCUGUCACUGGGUAUAAAGAUCCAUAUACAGAUGUGACAAUAUCACUGUUUGAAGCCAUGCAAAAAAAGCUGAGAGAAAGAAGCUAUGGCCUUCGGAUACUUGAUGUGCAGAUAGCAACAGGAGGAAUUAUUGACCCAAAUCAAAGUCACAGACUGCCAAUUCAUAUUGCUAUCAAAAAAGGAUGUCUGGAUGAAGAAACUCAAAAAAUUCUGUUGAACCCCACAGAUGAUGAAAAAGGAUUCUUUGACCCAAAUACCAAAGAAAAACUGUCAUACAGUCAGCUCAUGAAUAGAUGUGAGAAAGAUGAUAAAACUGGGCUACUUCUUCUACCGCUGCAUGAAGAAAAAGGCCGUGUAUUUCACACAGAUGAGCAAAUCGAGCAUGCUUUGAAAAACAAAAUGAUGACCUUGAAUGUGGGAAAAUUUAAAAACAAGGAGGUCACACUGUGGGAAGUGCUGCUAUCUGAAUACAUAUCAGAACAAAAAAGGGAGCAGCUUAUACAGCAAUACCGGACAGGAGUGACCAAAAUUGAGGAGAUGAUUGAAAUACUCACAGUUAUAGUCACAGAGGUAUCAUCCAAGGAAAGAAAGUUCAAAGGACUACGAAAACAAGUCUCAGCCAGUGAAUUAUUUGAGUCAAAGAUCAUCUCAAAGGACCUUUUCACCCAAAUUAUAAAAGGUGAAGUAACAGAAGAAACUGUUGUCAAAAUGGAAAAUAUUCAGAAGUAUCUUGGAGCAACAAACUGUAUAGCAGGUGUGAGAGUUGAAUCAACAAAAAAGAUGAUGAGCAUCUAUGAAGCUAAAAGCAAAGGUUUGCUGACUCCAGGUACAUCUCUGGUUCUGCUGGAAGCCCAAGCUGCCACAGGCUUUAUCAUUGACCCAAUCAACAACAAGAAACUUUCUGUAGAAGAAGCUGUGGCUCAAGGAGUGGUUGGGAAGGAGUGGGAAAAAAAACUGAUCUCAGCAGAAAGGGCAGUGACAGGAUACAAAGAUCCCUAUACUGGACAAACAAUUUCUUUGUUCCAGGCCUUGAAAAAAGAUCUCAUUGUGAAAGAUCAUGGAAUUCGUCUCCUUGAAGCUCAAAUUGCAACUGGAGGAAUAAUCGAUCCAGUCCAUAGCCAUCGAGUCCCCAUACAGGUGGCAUAUCAGAGAGGUUACUUUGAUGAAGAAAUGAACCAGAUUUUAUCUGAUGCUGAUGAUGACACCAAGGGCUUCUUUGACCCCAACACUCAGGAGAACCUCACAUAUCUCCAGCUGAUUGAGAGGUGCGUCAGAGACCCAAAUACAGAGCUUAACUUACUGUCUAUUGUGAAGAAAGGAGAGUUUUACUUCUUUGUGGAUGAGGCAACUAAAUGUAUUCUGAAGUCUACAACAACAACCCGAGCUGAAGGAAAAUACAGAGGUCAAACAGUGUCUCUCUGGGAUCUACUCUAUUCCAAAUACAUCACUGAGGAGAAGCGGAGAGACCUUGUGCAACAGUACAAGGCUGGAUCAAUCACAAUAGAGCGCUUUUUAGAAAUCAUCCUGACAAUCAUUGAGCAGCAUACACAAGACACAACCUCAUCAUCUUCUUCAAUUGUCAUGUCCCAGCCACCAGAAACUAAAGUAGACAGUAGCACAACAAAAACUACCAUCACCACUACAAUUACAGAAACUAGUGAAGUUGAAAAGUUCCAUGGAAUCAGAAAAGAUGUCUCUGCUACUGAGCUGCUCGAAUCCAAAAUCAUUGAUGAGAAACUCUACAAAGAUCUUAGCGCUGGAAAAGUUACAGUAACAGAAGUAAGUGAAAUGGAUUCAGUGCGCAAAUACCUUGAGGGGACCAACAGCAUUGCAGGAGUUUAUCUUCAGUCCACCAAAAAGACAAUGAGUAUCUAUGAAGCUAAAAGCAAAGGUCUGCUGACUCCAGGUACAUCUCUGGUUCUGCUGGAAGCCCAAGCUGCCACAGGCUUUAUCAUUGACCCAGUCAACAACAAAAAGCUUUCUGUAGAGGAAGCUGUGGCUCAAGGAGUGGUUGGGAAAGAGUGGGAAAAAAAACUGAUCUCAGCAGAAAAGGCAGUGACAGGAUACAAAGAUCCGUACACUGGAAAAACAAUUUCUUUGUUCCAGGCCUUGAAAAAAGAUCUCAUUGUGAAAGAUCAUGGAAUUCGUCUCCUUGAAGCUCAAAUUGCAACUGGAGGAAUAAUUGACCCAGUGCACAGUCACAGAGUGCCUGUACAAGUGGCAUAUGAAAGAGGUUACUUUGAUGAAGAAAUGAACCAGAUUUUAUCGGAUCCUGAUGAUGACACCAAGGGCUUCUUUGACCCCAACACUAAGGAGAACCUCACAUACCUCCAUCUAGUUGAGAGGUGUAUUACAGAUCCUAUUACAGGCCUCAGUUUACUUGUCAUUGUCAAGAAAGGAGAGUUUUACUUCUUUGUGGACGAGGCAACUAAACGUAUUCUGAAGUCUACAACAACAACCCGAGCUGGAGGAAAAUACAGAGGAAAAACUGUGUCUCUCUGGGAUCUACUCUACUCCAAAUAUAUAAUUGAAGAGAAGCGGAGAGACCUUGUGCAACAGUACAAGGCUGGAUCAAUCACAAAAGAGCGCUUUUUAGAAAUCAUCCUGACAAUCAUUGAGCAGCAUACACAAGACACAACCUCAUCAUCUUCUUCAAUUGUCAUGUCCCAACCACCAGAAACUAAAGCAGACAGUAGCACAACAAAAACUACCAUCACCACUACAAUUACAGAAACUAGUGAAGUUGAAAAGUUCCAUGGAAUCAGAAAAGAUGUCUCUGCUACUGAGCUGCUCAAAUCCAAAAUCAUUGAUGAGAAACUCUACAAAGAUCUUAGCGCUGGAAAAGUUACAGUAACAGAAGUAAGUGAAAUGGAUUCAGUGCGCAAAUACCUUGAGGGGACCAACAGCAUUGCAGGAGUUUAUCUUCAGUCCACCCACGAAACCCUCAGUAUCUAUGAAGCUAAAAGCAAAGGUCUGCUGACUCCAGGUACAUCUCUGGUUCUGCUGGAAGCCCAAGCUGCCACAGGCUUUAUCAUUGACCCAGUCAACAACAAAAAGCUUUCUGUAGAGGAAGCUGUGGCUCAAGGAGUGGUUGGGAAAGAGUGGGAAAAAAAACUGAUCUCAGCAGAAAAGGCAGUGACAGGAUACAAAGAUCCGUACACUGGAAAAACAAUUUCUUUGUUCCAGGCCUUGAAAAAAGAUCUCAUUGUGAAAGAUCAUGGAAUUCGUCUCCUUGAAGCUCAAAUUGCAACUGGAGGAAUAAUUGACCCAGUGCACAGUCACAGAGUGCCUGUACAAGUGGCAUAUGAAAGAGGUUACUUUGAUGAAGAAAUGAACCAGAUUUUAUCGGAUCCUGAUGAUGACACCAAGGGCUUCUUUGACCCCAACACUAAGGAGAACCUCACAUACCUCCAUCUAGUUGAGAGGUGUAUUACAGAUCCUAUUACAGGCCUCAGUUUACUUGUCAUUGUCAAGAAAGGAGAGUUUUACUUCUUUGUGGACGAGGCAACUAAACGUAUUCUGAAGUCUACAACAACAACCCGAGCUGGAGGAAAAUACAGAGGAAAAACUGUGACUCUCUGGGAUCUACUCUACUCCAAAUAUAUAAUUGAAGAGAAGCGGAGAGACCUUGUGCAACAGUACAAGGCUGGAUCAAUCACAAUAGAGCGCUUUUUAGAAAUCAUCCUGACAAUCAUUGAGCAGCAUACACAAGACACAACCUCAUCAUCUUCUUCAAUUGUCAUGUCCCAGCCACCAGAAACUAAAGUAGACAGUAGCACAACAAAAACUACCAUCACCACUACAAUUACAGAAACUAGUGAAGUUGAAAAGUUCCAUGGAAUCAGAAAAGAUGUCUCUGCUACUGAGCUGCUCAAAUCCAAAAUCAUUGAUGAGAAACUCUACAAAGAUCUUAGCGCUGGAAAAGUUACAGUAACAGAAGUAAGUGAAAUGGAUUCAGUGCGCAAAUACCUUGAGGGGACCAACAGCAUUGCAGGAGUUUAUCUUCAGUCCACCAAAAAGACAAUGAGUAUCUAUGAAGCUAAAAGCAAAGGUCUGCUGACUCCAGGUACAUCUCUGGUUCUGCUGGAAGCCCAAGCUGCCACAGGCUUUAUCAUUGACCCAGUCAACAACAAAAAGCUUUCUGUAGAGGAAGCUGUGGAUCAAAGAGUGGUUGGGAAAGAGUGGAAAAACAAACUGAUCUCAGCAGAAAAGGCAGUGACAGGAUACAAAGAUCCGUACACUGGAAAAACAAUUUCUUUGUUCCAGGCCUUGAAAAAAGAUCUCAUUGUGAAAGAUCAUGGAAUUCGUCUCCUUGAAGCUCAAAUUGCAACUGGAGGAAUAAUUGACCCAGUGCACAGUCACAGAGUGCCUGUACAAGUGGCAUAUGAAAGAGGUUACUUUGAUGAAGAAAUGAACCAGAUUUUAUCGGAUCCUGAUGAUGACACCAAGGGCUUCUUUGACCCCAACACUAAGGAGAACCUCACAUACCUCCAUCUGUUGAGAGGUGUAUUACAGAUCCCAUUACAGGCCUCAGUUUACUUCCCACUACAGAAGUGA